UCGUGUGCAGCUCAGCGACAGCGGCCUGGCGCUGGAAUGCGAAACUAUAAGUUAUUUAGUCAGAGCACAUCGUUGACGAGCCAUUUCAGAAAUAUCACAGGUCUCCUUUGGACUCAGCUCUCGUCCGAGACAUGAGGGAGACUCUUUAACAUGUGGGUAUGAGACGAGAUCAGUUCUCUCAGCAUUUGCAGCUUUGGGCUCGUUGACUCUCUGUGUUGGCUCAGGAUGGCGCAGGGAAGCUCUCAGCUUGACUUCCACAUCCUGCAGGACCUCAAGCAGCGUUUCCCAGAGAUCCCAGAGGGUGUAGUUUCACAGUGCCUUCUGCAGAACAACAAUAACCUGGAUCUUUGCUGCCACCUGCUGGCUCAGGAGAGUAACAGAUACCUGUAUGGAGAGUUCCAUCACAGUCCAGAAGAGGGGCGACUCAAUCGAAACCACAUGCUACACAUUAGCCUCGGGUAUCCGGGCUCCGAGGCAAAUAAGACAAAUGGAGGAGCAGCAGGAGUAGGGCGCUCCCUUGUGCACAGCACCAGUGACAGUCACAUCGACCCCCAGCGGCCGAGCUACCCUGAGCCACUGUCAGCCCCCGCCACCAUGGCCCCUACCCCGGGUUACAAUCCUUUCUUCAUGAACGAUCAAAGCCGCUCAGCUAGCACUCCCACUCCUCCACCCACAAUGCAGGGCAUGUCUCCCACGUACGCCCCAGUCCCACGUUACACUAUGAACCCUAUAACCGUCACACUUUCGCAAAAUAGUAUACCCAAUGUCCCGCAGGCUCUACAGAUACCCCCUGGGCACUAUGGUAACAACACCAAUGCCACCCUGUAUAUUCGUCCCUCACCUUCCCAGAGCCCACAACCAGCACCCUGGUCGUCCUCGGGGGUGCCUGUGUAUCAGCAUCAGCAGUCCCCCUACAGUACUCCCACAUACGGCUCGCCUUACAGCUCCCCGCAGCAUCAGGUUCAGCCCCAACCACAACCCCAGCCGCAACCCCAGCACCAGCAAUAUGUCUUCCUCCCCAUUAGCUCCCCAACCCUUCCCAGCAUGCCCUACCAUCACCAGCAACAACCCCAGCAACAACCAGCUGUUUACCGGCCCUACCACUCAAAAAGCUCCCUCAAGAACCAGAUAGAGAUAACCCUGGAGGGUCCCCGACCUCGCAGCAACUCACCUGUGCACACACCCCACCCCCAGGGGGUGCAUUACAUGGCCACCAGCCCUUCGCCCAGCUCCCCUUCGAGGGGCAUCACUAUGAGUGGACCUUCAGUGCCGGCAUCCUUCCACCCUGGGAUGUACCUGCAGCAUCAGGGCCCUACAAGGCCUCGGCCUGCCUCCUCUCCUCAACCGGGCCAGUCAGCAUACACCUUCAAAAUCAAAGUGUCCCCAGGUGGCCAAGCCCAGAGGCCACUCAGCUCACCUCCUGUUGCCGAAGCCGAGUCUCUUCUCAACAUAGUAGACCAAGGGGAACACAACGCUGCCCCUGCACCCAUCCUGCCCAUCUCCGCUCUGCCUGGGAACAUUGUCAGUCAGUUUCAGCAUAUGCCCCGACGUUCAAGCUCAGGCUCUGAUGAUUAUGCCUACACACAAGCUCUCCUGCUCCACCAGCGGGCCAGGAUGGAGCGUCUAAUGAAGGAGCUGCACAUGGAGAAGCAGAAACUAGAGCACCUGAAGGCCGAUGUCAACAGCAUGGAAUAUGAUGCCCUUCAAAGGCGCUUUCGACGAGUCAACUCCACCAGUCUUAUACCCAGACCUGAAGAGAUGACCCGAUUGCGGAGUCUGAACAGACAGCUACAGAUUGAUAUCGACUGUACCCUGAAGGAGACAGAUCUACUGCAGUCUAGAGGGAAGUUUGAUCCAAAAGCAAUGAACAACUUUUAUGACAACAUUCAGCCCGGUCCGGUUGUGCCGCCCAAACCUGGGAAGAAAGAAGGGGAACAGGGCCCAAAGCCAGUCCCGGUGCCCCAGAGGGAUGAGGACUUCGAAGGCGCCCAGUGGAACUGUGAAAGCUGCACCUUCCUCAACCACCCUGCCCUCAACCGCUGUGAACAGUGCGAGAUGCCGCGUUACACCUGAGCUUAGCACUGCGCUGUAAUGCCCACCCCUGCCCUAUCCCCAACCAAUCCUCGGAUAGUAUGAGCCCCACCCCUCCAAAAGCUGCAGAAUCUGUCUAGAGGUCUGCCCCUGUCAAUCAUAUGUAAGCUCCUCUUACCUGCUGAGGAAGAGCCACUAUCCCUCUCUGUCCACUUGUCCCGCUCCUAUCUACUACUCCUGUGCACUUUGACCCUUUUUUUUUUUUUUUUUUUUUUCCCCCGUUGGAGGAUGAUGAUUCCUAUUCAGGACAGUUGGAGACUUUUCUCAUGGCAAGUGAAUAAAAAGAGGGAGUGACACGCUGUGACUCUGGCAGUCGGUGGUUCAGGGCUUCAGAAAGGCUCAAGCGAUUAAGGAUCGAGGAGGAGGAGCUACGGUUUACCUAGAGAACAUUCCACGCAGAAAGAGUGACUGCCCUGUUUACACUGCGCCCAUUCCUGAACUCAAAAUGGAGGCACUUCCACUUUAAUCUAGGACCUGUAACUCCCACUCUGACAGUGGAACAAUGAAAGCAAUGGUAUACACAUUCUGACUAAUGCGAAAAUGUAGACUGUACACUGUAUCUGGCUCUGUAUUAGAGCUCAUUUCACUGAAAGAAGAACACUAAAGACAUUUGCAUAUGAGUAUAUUCGUGGUACUUCUAUGCAUAUUAUGCCACCCUGUAUUAUGUGUUCAGAAGAUGUUGAUUUCCUGUGCAAAUGCCUCAACUUGCUGUACUUAAUAAAGGAGCUGAUUCUAUGUGACUUGACCA